AUGACGUGCUACGAAACGUUGAGAGCUCCGGCACCCGCCGCGGACGCCCCCAUGGCGCACCACUUCGUUAAGUGGUGGCGCAACAAGUUUAGAAAUGGAUACAAGAAGUUUAGCAUUGGUACAGAGAGCGAGAGGACGGACACCGAAGAGCUGGUGGGACGAGCAGCUUCACAAUGUUCAGCACCACCUGACCUGCUGCCAAGCGAGGCCCGCGCCUUGCUGCAGCCGAACACGCCACCAGCGCCGCCCCCCCGCUCCCAUGAACCGUCCUACAAACCACCUCCGUCACCCACACCAAUGGCGGAAAAAAAUGAUGAAAAACACCCCAGAUUACGAUUUGAGGAGCUGACAUGUGAUGUAGAAUUGCAGCAUCCUGAACCCUCCAAACAGCAACCGCUGCAGUUCUCCUUUACCUUGUAUGAUUUAGACGGGCACGGACGUAUGACCAAGGAUGACAUUGCUGGAAUUGUGUCUACAAUCUACGAAUCCAUCGGGAAAUCAGUGACAGUGCCACAUUAUGGGUCAAAGACAAUUCAAGUGCGGUUAACUGUUGUGCCGGAAGCUGGUAAUUGUAGAAGUCAUCGCGAGAGGCGAGAGGCGCGGCGACGUGAGAGGCGAGAGGAAAGACGUAGAGAAUGUUCUACUAACGUUAACGCAUCGCCUCCCGACUGCAUAGACCAUAGCGAGGACGAACAUAGAGGGAGAUUAUCUCCUGACGACGAUGCUUCCUCGAAGUCUUCAUGUUCGGGAGACAGGAGACCUGCCCACAGUUCUCCAAGACAAACUACUUAUGCACAAUCCCGAGCACAUCGUCAACCUCGCAGAGAACAUCGGGAGCGGAAACAUACUAAGAAACGUUCUGGAAGUUUACAAAGACGCGAAUUGUUGGAAAUAAUUCAAGCUAACAUGGAAAAAAACCAUAUGAGCUUUCAAGCCUCAAGAAAGCCCUGUGAACCUGUUACUAUUGAAGAAGAAGUUACGAAUAAAUAUCAGAAACUUCGAAACAGAUCUUACACGGUCAGUGAGAAGCCAAUAAAUGCAUUCCAAAAGAAGAAAUCUGAUAAUUCUGGCAACGGAUACUUAGAUCUAGCAAGCGGCGGCGAUUCACAUCUAUGUAGGUAUGACCGUUACCUGCAUGCGGUGAUAUGCUCGUCGGCACGACAUGCGAACACGGGAUACCAUCAGAAGCAGAAUCAGAUGCCGCGCCCCGGCCGGGCCCCGCACGCGCACCACGCGCGCUCUCGCUCGCACGACCUGCCACACCAGGCGCCCGCCGCGCAACAACCUAGAGUAUUACAAAUUAUAUUCUUAUAG